AUGGCCAAUAUUCGCCUUCAGCAAAUCCAUAACCACCUGGACCAGUAUGAUUCUAUUGCUGACCCUAUUCGAGUCGACGGAAAUGGAGCCCGUAUUGCAGUCAAUAACUUGGAUAAGAUGAAAGCACAGAAAGUUAUGGAUGAGAUCAAAAGCGCCAGUAUUAGUGCUGAAGGCUUUGCUGGCGAUGUCCUAGAUGAGCCAUUCCCAGCGCAACUGGUGGAACAGGUCCUAGGAAAGAUGGGGAAAGUCAAUUACCUUAUGAAUAACGCACUGGGAACUAAGAACUAUUAA